CUCUUGCUGGGUCAUUUGGCGGUGUGUCUCUUUACUUUGCUUUCUGUGACACGCUCCGCAGAGCGCUGGAUGAACGGAUAACACGAAUGCUUUGUGGUGACUCUUAGUGCUUCAAUCACAUCGUUUCGUUCUUCAUGCUUCGUUAUCCCGCGCUCUUCGUCACUAAUAGGCGCUCCUGUCGAUUGUGCUCAGGACGCGGACCCUGUUUCUCGGUACUGUGACCCACUUCGUGACUCGUCUUGGGCGUAUGUGUGCUGGAUGAGUGGUGCAUUUGGACAGUGGUCUGAUUCAGUGGAUUCAAUGCGUGACUACAAAGAGAUGGUCCUAUCUGGCCUUUCAUGCGAAAGUGUAUGUGGUGACUGUGAUGGUGCACCAGAGCACUUUGUCGUAUCCAUGCUUCCUCGCUCAAGCUUCGCUUUGAUAGUGAUUUAGUGUUCCCAGCAUAGGCUAUAUUGCUCGGUGAGUGGUUCUUAGCUGCUAUUGUAUCUCCUGUUUCUGGUGACACGUUGCACGAUAUGCUAAAAGUUGAGCUUUAUUUUGCUGAGUUAUACUUAACUGAGCUAUAGAAUUUUCCAUUUCAGUUCAAGUCCUCGUUGUUUUUCACAAUCAUCUUGCAAAGCACAAAUGUUAAUUCAGGGGUUAUCUUGUGGGCAUAGUAUCUUCCUUGAGCAAUUACAUUAAUGGAAAUCACCGGAAUGUCAGGGAUGUGUUACCAUUGAAAAAGAGAUUAUCCUUAGCGAAAUUUCAAGUCUAGGUCCAGGUCCACUGCCUUUCCCAAUAUAAGGGGCUGUGGAUGAUAAAUAAGCGUGACCAAUACAAAGAUAAAAAAAGAUAAAGUCGGUUUUAGCGUCUCGCUCACACCAGCCAUAUCAAGCAAAAGAAAAGUUUGAAAAGAUAUCAUUCACGUCAAUAUUGCGGCUACGCAGCUGUGUACAUCAUGAAGACACUGUUAGAAAUUCCUCUAUCGAGGUUGUUUAUUUUGAUUUCGCGCCGCGCUCAGCAUCAGGAAACUAAGUAAUCAAAAUCACUCAGUAUUAGGCACACUUUGCGCGUGAUCAGUACAUUCUUGAUAGCCCUUCGUAUUGGUAGGGACGGUUGUGAACCUCUGUUUUACUUACUCUUCUCUGGUUGGAGCGGUAAUAGCUCGUUAGGCAGUACUUGUAAGGUACUUCGUUUGCACUGGUCCGUGGAGGCACAACCAUCCCCCAGUGCGCGUAUGCCAUCGUCUCUGGCUCCUCUGUCGUGGUCCCUGCUGUCUUCGGCGGCUGCGAAGUGCUUAGUGGUUCCGUUUCCGUGUCUGCGCUCCUCUCCUACUACGCAAACUGCUGAGCGCCGGCGGCUAGCCAUCAUGCUUGGAACUGUUGUCCUUGCUCUGGUGUCGGUCGCGGUGGCCCGAGCUGGGAAUGCCACGGUUGCGCCGUCGGACGAUGAAGCCAUCCCGCAGUUUUACGCAGCCGUGGGCGGCAAGGUGUCCCUGCCAUGCAACACGAGCAUUCCCGCGGGCGGCGACGGCGUGUCGCUGAUCCUGUGGUAUCACGGCGACUACGGCAUUCCCAUCUACAGCCUCGACGCCCGCGACCAGCCCCUGGGCAAGGCACGACACUUCCCGGGCCAGGACCUGGGUACGCGUGCAUACCUGGACGUCAGCUCGAAGCCGCCUACGCUCAACAUCGACCCGGUGCUCGAGAGCGACGCCGGCGAGUACCGCUGCCGGGUCGACUACAGCAGGCAGCGAACGCAGCACAGGAACGUCAACCUCACGGUCAUCGUUCCCCCCAAGGAUGCCAUUAUACGGGACGAGUCCGGCAAGCCUUUACACGGAGUGAUCGGCCCCUACGACGAAGGCGCUCAUCUAGUCCUCAUCUGCGACGCCGACGGAGGGCGGCCUGCCCCAUCGGUGACUUGGUGGCGAGGCCCCGAGCUCGUGGACGACAAGUACGCGCUCUCGCCAUUGGAUGUGGUCCGCAACGAGCUGGUUAUCAAGAGGCUGCAACGCUCUGACCUGCUCGCCACAUAUACCUGUCAGGCUUCCAACACGAACCUGACUCUGCCACGUUCAUCCUCCGUCACCAUCAACAUGAAUCUUCGACCGCUGGACGUGCGGAUCACCACGCUGAAGCGGCCUCUGUCGGCACACCGCAAGGUGGAGCUGUCGUGCCAGUCGACGGGUGGCCGGCCGGCGCCACAGCUCACCUGGUGGCUGGGGAAGAAGAAGCUUUCCUUCGCGCGCGACAAUGUGUCGGUGGGCGACAACGUGACGACGAGCACAGUGUCAUUCGCGCCCAAUACCGACGACCACGGAAAGUACCUGGCCUGUCGCGCCGACAACCCACUGCUCUCCGGUGCUGGCCUCGAGGACGGCUGGACGCUCAACAUCCAGUACGUUCCGCGGCUGAGCCUCUCACUGGGCGCCAACAUGAAGCACAAGGCGAUCCGCGAAGGCUCGGACGUGUACCUGGAGUGCAACAUCCAGGCGAACCCGGCGGUCAGCGAGGUGGGCUGGAAGUUCGAAGGAAAGCCGCUGUACAGCAAUGUCAAGCAGGGAGUUAUCAUCAGCAACCAGUCGCUCGUGCUGCAGAAGGUUCGCCGAGAGAGCCGCGGCCACUACCAGUGCGUCGCUGCAAACGUCGAAGGGGAAGGGGAGAGCGACCGCGUCCUGCUCAGGGUCCACUACGCGCCGGUGUGUAAGAAGCGCCAGAACCUUGUUUACGGCGUGGCACGUGAUGAAGAGGCCGAAAUCUCGUGCGAGGUGGAGGCCGACCCGUCUGAGCUCAGCUUUAAGUGGGCGCUGAACAACUCUGUCGAAAUGUUCGAUGUGAAGACGUUCACUGUGAAUGGAACGACCAGCGUGGCAUCAUACCGCCCCCGCUGGAAGCACAGCUAUGGCCUCCUCUACUGCUGGGCCACCAACACCAUCGGAAUGCAGCGGGAGCCCUGUGCCUUCCACAUCAUACCUGCAGUUUCUCGUUGGACAGGGCCACCCGAGGCUGUGCGCAACUGCCGCGUGAGCAACCAGACCUCUGUCUCGUUGGCGGUCGAGUGCGAACCGGGCGACCACGGGGGCUUGCGGCAGACUUUUCACCUGGAGGUGUACAACUCGGCAUUGGAGCUCCUGCAGCGCAACCUCAGUUCUUCGGAGGGCUCGUCAUUCGUGGUUCGCGACCUGCCGCCCGGCACCGCUUUUAUUCUCGUACUGUACGGUUCGAACUCCAAGGGCCGCAGCAACAGCGUCUCCAUAUCCACCAACACGCUGCCCUCGCCCGAGAGGAGGACAGCUAACACGGACAUCACAUCAGUGAGUCCAGUGCUUGGUGUCCUGAUCGGCAUCGUGGGAGCUCUAGUGCUGGUGGCCAUUGUUAUCGUAGUCGUCAUGCGACUCCGCGGAGACGACAGCGAAAAGCGUCCUACGGAGGAGAGUCCGGAAAAGAACCAAAACCAUCAAAGAAAAGCAGUGGAUGACUUAGCCCUUACAGAUAUUGACACCAAGGACCCGUCUGUAAUUCAAAAGACGAGUGAUUCACAGGAGUACCCGCGCGUGGCUGUGCGGCGUAUUCCAGCGUACCCGGCUCACCGAACGUACGACAGCUUCUCUCCCAGCGACUACAACUACGAGAACAUCCAGUCACUGAGACGACCGUCGCCUGUCAAGAUGGACAACGAGGUGCGGUACGCGGAGCUGUCUCUGCCGCGCAGCAAGUACCCGGUGCGCAUUCGGGAGCCGCCGACAGAGUACGCGCAGAUCGAUUUCCAGCGGGCCGGCGUCCUGUUCAGCGCCGUGCCGCCGCAAUCCGAAGAGGAGGAUCCCUGCGCGGCCGUCGGUUCGGACACGCCGCUGAUGAACAGCCUGCAGCCAAACGUCAGGCACCUAGGCGGCGCACCGAGCGACCACAACACGAUAUCGACGCCUGUGUGACGGCAACGGCGCCAGAUUGGCGAGGGCGAGACAGUUCAACGCUCGUCAUGGUCGUGAAUGGGCCGAGCGUGCAGACACAAAGAGAGCGAGCGAGAGAGCAGAACGGCCACUCUUGAACUGCGCGCUGACGACAGCGCCGCGCGAAUGCUGCGUCUGGAAACCGAGGCUCUGGACAACUCGUGAAGGAAGGAGAAGCGAGAAUGUGCACUUCAUGACGUGAGCUUUCUUUCCUCCAGUUAGCGAGAACUGUACAGCAUCAAGAUGCCUGGAGAUCAAGGACGCAGAUCCGUCUGGUGCGCGACCGUCCCAGUGCAGUGAGCGGGACUCUUACCCUCGCGACACGACGACCCUCUCUGUACAUAGAAUGGCCGAACACAUGCGGCGUCGUGAGCGGCGCACAAGCUCAAGCGCGAUUUGCCGACGACGUCGACAGAAGAAAGAGGUCACAUUCCUUCAACACUAGUCAUGAGACGCGUGGCUGCCUACCGGAGUGUUUGAUAAAUCAUGAAAUGAGAUCUAAAAGAGAUAGUAGAAGGCGAGAGGGCACGAUGCAAGAAGUGAAGCAUUUAGGCCUCCGGUAACCUGUCAUAACCCUCCUGUCAGUGGUGAUAAGAGCGGCAUUGCUUAAGAGGCAGACAAGACAGGUGAAAGUAGGUCGUGCCCACUCAUUCCAGUUAAUCCCAUCCAACGUCCUGCACAAUGCGACAGGGACGAUGCGCAAUCCAAAGGAAGCAUUGUCGUUACCUUGAAGACGUUACAUGCGUGCACGCAGCCAUCUGUGAACAAUUGCGAAAAAAAAUACAGAGAAGAAAGAGGAAAGUUAAGAUUUUAGUGUGUGUGUGUGUGCGUGCGUGUGUGCAUGGGUGAUUGUGCUAGCAGGGCGUGCCUGUUUGUGCGUCUGCGUGAAAGAAUACGAGCACAGGUCGACACCCCCGAUUUCGUUCUCAUUUUUAUCACUUUCGCCCUCUAUCCCACCAAUUUCGUUUUACCAGUUCCUCUAGCUGUUUUCUUCAUUUUUUUUUCACUGCCUGGUUUUAAGACUGGUUGACAACAUGGGAGUUCCGUGCAUCUUCGUAUAUACAUACUUCAUACGGACUCAUUGCGCAAACUUUUAAGCUCUACAAUAAAAUAUAUCAUUACUAUUA